AUGGAGACUCUCUGCGGCGUCGCGCCGGGGGAGCGCGUGUGCAUCGCGGCGCUAAAUAGCUCCGCGUACGUGCAGUGGCUACUCGCAGUGCCAGCUGUCGGCGCCAUCCUUGCGCCUCUCAACCGCCGAUGGGUCAGUGCCAGUCCCUCUCUCCAUUCACUUAGCUCGCACCACUCCUCCCUGCCGCAUAUUCAAAAGCAGGCAUCUUCUAGUCGAUGCAGUAGUCAUUUAUCCCACCGUUUACCUCAACGCCCUUUCCCUCUUCCCCCUUCCCCUGCCGUUCUACGGCCACGCGUGCAGAGCAUAGGGGAAGCAGCAGCAGCGGACUAUGCUGGCCCUGGCAAUGCUGCGAGUGACGCACUUUACACUCGGCCUUUUCACACCACACGAAGCAUGGUCAUCCUUUCUCUCUGCUUCUGCUUCUGCCUCCCACUGUCCUGCGUCCCACCCACCCUCCUGCGUCCCGCACUCCUGCUUUCCAUUCUCCCUCCGUACCAGGCUUCCAGGCCGCUCACCACUGGCGUCAUGGCGGUGUAUUUCGUCUUCCUCUGCUGGUCGGCAAUCAUGAGUGAGCCGCCCGCUGAGGCAUGCAACGCCCGCCCUCGCCAGACCAGAUACGGCGGGUGGCUUGAUAUUCUGGCAUUCAUAGUGGCGCUCAUCAGCAUUGCCAUCUCAGUCUAUGCCACUGGCAUCAACUCUCGCUGCUUCUCCCUCCGACCUGGCUGUCAAGACGAGGAAUCCGCCGGUAACGGAGAGUACCCUCCGCGCCCUCCACGCCCUCCCCCUGCCCGUCGCGCCCUCCCCCCUGACCGUCGCGCCCUCCCCCUGCCCGUCGCGCCCUCCCCCUGCCCGUCGCGCCCUCCCCCUCCCCGUCGCGUCUCCACCCCUCCCCUUCCCCUCCCCGUCGCGUCGCCUCCCCUCCUCCUGCCCGUCGCGUUCGCCUCCCCUCCUCCUGCCCGUCGCGUCGCCUCCCGUCCCCCUGCCCGUCGCGUCGCCUCCCCUCCUCCUGCCCGUCGCGUUCGCCUCCCGUCCCCCUGCCCGUCGCGUCGCCUCCCGUCCCCCUGCCCGUCGCGUCGCCUCCCCUCCUCCUGCCCGUCGCGUUCGCCUCCACUUCCCCCUGCCCGUCGCGUUGCCCUCCCCUCCCAAUCCCGUCGCCCUCCCUUGCCCGUCGCGUCAACCUCCCCUCCCCGCCCAUUUCCCACCGUCAGAUCCUCCUCCCGCCCAUUUUCACCGUCGCAUUCGGCCUCCCCGCCCCUCUCUCACUGUUCAUCACCUUAG